AUGGGCCAGCGUUGCGGCCUUGCCGGCUGCGGCGGCGGCGGCCGCUUUCCUUCGAAGGCUGCGCUUCCAGCAAGACCGACGCCGGCACGUGGACCAGCAUGCAGCAGCUGGACGGGUGGCAGCGGAAGAGCAGCGGCGAGAGCGGCGAACGAGAUGCAGCGGCGACAGCCCCACAAGCGCGCGCACGGCAGCAGCAGCAGCACGGGCGGCGCGCAACAGCACGGAGAUCAGAGCAGCUGGAGGCGGCGACGCCGCAGCGGCGGCAGGGUGAGCUCUCCUUCGGGAGGAGGCCGCGCCUGCGAGGGCACCUGGGGCAGGGGGCCAGGGCAGGUCUACGACCAGGCCGGCGGCGGCGAGCACCCCCCUGACUGGGUUCGCCUCUUCACCAGCGUGCGCGGGGCCGACACGGCGGACCGCGUCGCGGGGGCAGUGGCGGACGUGUCUGAGCGGCUCGAGCUGCAGCGCACGGAGGUGCGCAGCCUCGUGCGGGGCAGCGACGGGCUGGUGUGGGCGGACGACGUGCACCUCUCCGUGUGGGUCCCGCCCAAGUCCAUGCGGCCGGCGGAGUCGGGAGCCCUCCCCCCCUGCCACCUCGAGGCGGUGGAAGGAGCCCGAGAUCGACGAACCGCGAAGGGUCUUCAAAUGUUGAGGACCUCCCCCCUAAGCUCUCGGAGCGGAAUGUAA